AAUAAGAUAAAGUUGUAUAACGACCCAAAACGCGCCUUUAGCUAGUUGUAGAAAAAAAAAAAGUAGUCAACAACUUGAAAGUUUUCUUUUUUUUUUUCUGGCCUGAACAACUUGAGAGCUCGAUUUUAGUCUCCACUAUUUCCAUUUUUUUAAUAAAUAUCGAAGACUCUGUCCUCUCUCUUUCUUUACUUCAAUUUCUUUAUAAUUAAUUUUUCCUUAUUUUUUGAGCUCAUGCAUAUAUAUUGUUUAUGAUUUGUCGAAGUUGAAAAAACAGCUCGUGAAUACAGUUAUAGAUGGGAAAUUGCUGCUCCGACGUCGGCGGCAGGAUGGCAGCUGUUGGUGGCACCGCCGCCAUCACUGGCAACCAAAUCGACGCUGCCGACAUGUACUUAAAAUCUCGUGACAUCCACGGCAUCCUCUCUCAGAUCGAGUUAUCAUUUUCUGCUACAAAUUUGCGAGACCGGGAUGUAUUCUCCAAGAGUGACCCGAUGCUGGUGGUUUAUAUUAAAGAAAGAGAUGGAGCAGUUAUAGAAGUAUUUCGUACUGAAGUAGUUCUCAAUUCAUUGAAUCCUACAUGGAUCAAAAAGUACACAAUUGCUUAUCAUUUUGAGGUUGUCCAAACCUUACUGUUUCAUGUCUUUGAUGUUGACACUCAGUUUCUCAAUAUUGAAGUAAAGAUGCUUAAGCUGGAGGAGCAGCAAUCUCUUGGUGAGGCAAGUUGUGCAUUAUCAGAGAUUGUAACCAAACCAAACAGGUCUUUAACCUUGGAUCUUGUACGUAGAGUUGAAUCUGUCUCAUCAACCCAUUCCCAACACCAUGGAAAACUUACUGUGCAUGCUGAGGAAUGCUUUAGCUCAAGGACUACAGCAGAGAUGAUGUUAAGUUGUUUAGAUUUGGAAUCUAAGGAUCUCUUCUCAAAAUGCGACCCCUUUUUGGUAAUAUCAAAACUUGUGGAGAGUGGGAUUUCGAUUCCUGUAUGUAAAACUGAAAUCUUAAAGAAUGAUCAUAACCCAACAUGGAAGCCAGUAUUUUUGAAUAUUCAACAAGUAGGAAGCAAGGAUAGUCCAUUAGUGAUAGAGUGCUUUAACUUCAAUAGCAAUGGGAAGCAUGAUCUGAUUGGAAAAGUCCAGAAGUCACUAGCAGAUUUGGAAAAGAUUCAUUCUGGAAGGGAAGGAGAAAAUUUAUUUUUGCCAACUCUGGUUGGGCAUGAUUGCGAGAACAAGAUAUUAAAAAGCAAGCUUUUCGUGGAAAAAUUCUCUGAGACUAUCCAACAUACCUUCCUGGAUUACCUGGCUGGGGGAUUUGAACUUAACUUUAUGGUGGCUAUUGAUUUUACAGCUUCAAAUGGAAAUCCCCGUCUUCCUGAUUCCUUGCAUUACAUUGAUCCAUCUGGACGGCAGAAUGCAUACCAGAAAGCAAUCUAUGAGGUUGGAGAAGUAUUGCAGUUCUAUGAUACAGACAAGUGUUUUCCUGCAUGGGGAUUUGGAGCACGGCCCAUUGAUGGUCCAGUUUCUCAUUGUUUCAACUUGAAUGGAAGCAAUAACUACUGUAAGGUUGAAGGAAUCCGAGGCAUUAUGAUGGCCUAUACAAGCGCCCUUUUCAAUGUUUCACUUGCAGGACCAACACUAUUUGGACAUGUGAUUAACAAAGCUGCACUAAUUGCCAGCCAAUCUCUUGCAGAUGAAGCUCAAAAGUACUUUGUUUUGUUGAUUAUCACGGAUGGAGUUGUGACCGAUCUCCAAGAAACCAAAGAUGCACUGGUAAAAGCAUCAGAUCUCCCACUGUCGAUCCUCAUUGUUGGAGUUGGAGGAGCAGACUUCAAAGAAAUGGAGAUUUUAGAUGCAGACAAAGGGGAAAGACUUGAAAGCUCGACCGGACGUGUUGCUUCACGUGAUAUUGUUCAAUUUGUUCCAUUUAGGGAUGUACAAGGUGGUGAAGUAUCUAUUGUUCAAGCGCUUUUGGCUGAAUUACCGACACAAUUUUUAACCUAUAUGCGAAGCAGAGAUAUUAAACCCAGGAUCUGAUUUUGUAAAAGCAUUUUUUUUGAGGCAUGUUGUAUCAAAGUCAAGCAAUCAUGCUUCUUGAGAGGCAACGAAAGAUGAAUAUAUAUAUUCAUACCACGUUGCAUUGAAGAUUGAUCAGGUCAACAAAAGCUUCACCUUGAUUCCUAGUUAUUGGAACUAAGGGUUCAACACUCUACCAACAGAUCAUACGGCUACUGAAAACACCUAGCUUUUGCUACUCGGCUGACAGGACAUUCUUGUCUCACAUCCUGUGUCCUUGAUGGGUUGUAGGGAGGGAUUUAAUAGAUUACGUAAGGUUUAAGAAAUGUUUUGUUGUUGAAAAGCUACCAUUAUCUUAAAGGAAGAACUUUACUAUUGAAA